AUGUUUUGCUCGUCUCUUCCCCGAUGCAUUUUUUUUUGUUUUUUGCCGCUGCACUGUAAUAAUAGCAACGGUGCCGAACGGCGUGGAUGGUGGUGCUUGCAACUAGCAUUCCGAGGGGGUAUCAUGAAUGAAUCAAAACAAGAAGGAAAGACAAGAAACGUGGCGGCAGCGGCAGCGUCCAACGUGGACGGGUAUUUACGCAAUGCGUCAAGGCGGGUUCGAAUCCCCAGUGCGUCGGGCGGGAGGGGUACACGGCGCAAGUUGGCGAUGGUGACAGCGGCGAGUGUGGAACAGGCUCCGCGGUCUGUGGUCAACACGAACGCAUCCGAUGCCGUCGACUUGGAUGACGAGUGGGACGAGGUGGUGCUGCCGAACGCCAACGCUGCGGCGGUAAAGAAGGAUGAGGGAAAACUCAAGGAGGAGAGCUCUCAAAGGCCCAAAAUGGAUGUCCCCGUGGCGAAUUCGUGUGCCGGUAGCAUCAAAGCAGAGGCAUUGGAGGUGGAAGACGGCGAGGUGGUGGGGGGUGAUGAGGACCCGAGCGCACAGUCGUUGAUGGAGGGCACACGGCCUCCACUGACAGGCACAUCGAUCCAACGGUGGAGGCGAAAUGAACAUUUCCAAGAGCGCAUGCCUGAGCAGCAGCAAAUUCUCGCUGCUCAGCGACGUUCAGAACGAAUUCGGCGAGCCGCAGAAGGAAUGUCUGUUUUAAUUUUUGCCUUACAGAGGUGCAAAACACUCGUUAGAGAAUCCCGUCACCCGCAACUACUGCGGAAACUGCUACGCGUAUGCACUGUCGAAGAGAAUGGUUCUAAAUCGUUCCCUUUCAUACAGGCUGUACAGCGCGCAAGAGAAGAAUAUCAACGAGCUCUUGACCCUACAGUGAAAAAUCCCGCCUUGUCACCCUGUUGGGUUACCGUGGGCAAGGACACCGUCCGGAAUUAUACCUCCAAUUCCAUAAUGGCUUUGCUUAGUGGCAUCACCACGGUAUUUACCCUGGAGGAUAAAGUUGAUGCCUCAAUCCUCUCUAAUUGGGCUGCGCCUAUUUCCUUUGGGCAUCUCUCCAACCUGUUGUCAAGAUCGCAUCAGUUUCUUAUCUCCCCCGAUGCCAAGUUGCGCCUGCCACAUUCUUUGUACUUCAGCAUCAUAUUUCUUUCGGUUGCCAACAUUUUGGACAUGUCAUGUCGACUGGUGAUGGCGAUAAAAAAAGAGCGGGAGCGACAGAAUCCUGUGGCGAAUGAAAAUGGGAAUGUUUCCGAAAAGCCGGCGCAGAUGACAAUUUUUUUGCCGCGUGUAAAGCGUCAACGAAAAGAGGGUACUAAUGAGGAAGAUAAAUUGCCACAGAAGCUGCCAUCUUCUUGCUUCUGGGUAGAAGUCUGGUGUCCGCAACGUGAGAGUUUCAUCUCUGUUAACCCGUGUAAAGGUUGCACCGCACUCUGGGGAGCCCCGUACACAUUUUCGGUUGGUGGUGAUGUUGCCAUGGAUGUGACGCCGCGGUACACUACAAAAUACAGCAGCGCAUUUACUUAUCGGUGGGGCCGCUGUGAUUCAUAUCGCUUUUUCUGGAAACACCUGGACUGGAACGAUACCAGAGAAGCCUCUGAGGUCAUACUCGAUGCCUUCCGUAAGGAUAUGACCCGAAACACAUGCAUUCAGCUGGCUCGAGAACGUCGGCAGCUCCAUUCGCUUACAUAUGCGGAGGAAAUACCAAAAACGCUUACAGCGUUGCAUAAACAUCCGUUGUUUGUUCUUGAGAAUGAGCUCGCACGACAUGAAGGAGUGUAUCCGAAGGACAAUACGACGAUUGUUGGAAGCGUGAAGGGUCACACAGUGUAUAAACGAUCUGCUGUUGUCAAUUUACGCAGCCGAGAUGGCUGGCUUCGUGUAGGACGCUGUGUAGUAAGCGAAUAUGAGGCCCCAUAUAAGGUAGUACCCCCGCCGGCCUCACGUCCUUUUGGAUCCUCUUCUGGCUUCUUUGGAGUGUGGCAGACGAAACCGUUUGAGCCCAGUCCCCUGCGCAGUGAUGGGUCGCUGCCUUUGCAUGGCAAAACGCGCUGGUACGUUCUUCUUGGUAAGCCCGUGCCUGAGGGAUUGGCGUAUAUUCAACGGCCCAAUAUCGCCCGAGUAGCGCGUCUAGUGGAUGUUGAAUUUGGACAUGCUGUCAUGGGAUUUCAAAGGCGCCGCUUGGAUGAGCGUCGAUUUUCACACUGGGAGGCUGUCCUUGAUGGUAUCGUUGUAAGGGAAGCGGACGCGGCGAACCUCUUGCAUGCAUACGAUGAAUGGAGACAGCUGACAGAGGAGCAAGAGGCCACGAAGCGACGACAGCGAGCCAAUCGAUGGUGGCUACAUUUGGUCCAGCGAAUGCUGGCUAUGCAGCGUGUUCGUCAACAAUAUUUGGAUGGUGCAUCUCACGGAUAUCUUCCGUUGCAUUAA